AUGACGUUCACCAAACGCCGUUCCCGGCUUUUCUUAUUACUCUUUCUUGUUACCCAAUUUCUCGCUGUCACUGUAUUUGCAGCAGAGUGCAGCAAGACGAAACUUUGCGCAACUGGUUGUUGUAGUAGUGCAGGUUUCUGCGGUACGACCAAAGAUCAUUGUGGUAAAGGAUGUUUGAGUACUUGCGAUUUCAAGACUGAAUGCGACAAGAAUAAUCCGUGCAAGGGCAAUGCAUGCUGCUCCAAAUUUGGUCACUGUGGCCUUGGUCCAGAUUUUUGUGGCAAGGAUUGCGUUGCUGGGUGUGAUGCGAAGGGUGAGUGCGAUCCUGGUGGCUUUAGCUCCAAGUUUGCCAACCAUACCAAGUGCCCUCUCAACGUCUGCUCUUCCAAGCAUGGUCCCUCCGACAUCCCAGACGGCGUCUAUACACAUAUCAAUUUCGCCUUUGCCAGCAUUGACCCCAAGACCUUCCAAAUCAUACCGGCAUCUAGCAAAGACCCUCAGCUAUACCGCGAAUUAGCACGCAAGAAGAAGAUCGACCCCAAUUUAAAGAUAUUCAUCGCCAUUGGCGGUUGGGCCUUCAAUGACCCAGGUCCGACUAUUACAACCUUCUCUGACAUUGCUCGAUCUGAUGCAAACACGAGGACUUUCAUCAAAUCGCUCAUCUCGUUUAUUUCCACUUAUGACUUUGAUGGUGUCGAUAUUGAUUGGGAGUACCCCGCUGCUGAUGAUCGUGAGGGACGGGAGGAAGAUUUCGACAAUCUUCCCAAGUUCCUCAGCAAGAUCAAGAGUGCGUUAAAGCAAAGCGGUGGUCGUAGCGGUCUCAGUAUCGCUAUUCCUGCUUCAUACUGGUAUCUUCAGCACUUUGAUCUUGAGAAGAUCUCAAAGUACGUCGAUCACUUCAAUGUCAUGACGUAUGACCUCCAUGGUGCUUGGGAUACUCCCAAGUCAUGGCUCGGCAACCAUCUCAACUCUCAUACCAACUUGACUGAGAUCAAGGAUGCGUUUGACCUUCUCUGGCGCAACAAUAUCGACCCUGAUCAAGUCAACAUGGGACUCGCAUUCUACGCACGCACCUUCACUGCCUCCAGUACCGGCUGCAUGUCUACUGGUUGUCUCUUUGAUGCCGGUGGUCCUGCAGAGCCUUGUACCAAUGCUGUUGGUGUCAUGUCUAAUCCUGAGAUUAUGCGCAAGCUUGGCGGCAAGAUUGGUUCGGGCGACCUGGACAAAACUGCCGCCAUCAAGACUGUUAAAAUUGGCAGUGCCAUGGUCUGGGCUAUCAGCCAAGAUACUUCGGACGGCAAGUUCUCCAAGCAACUGCAGGUGGCUACCGGCUACAAGUCUAAGGGUAUAUCAAAAUUCAACAGCACUACGUCUUUCGGUGGUGGCGUCUUUAUUGAAACCAGCGAAAGCGAAGCCAACACCGAUAUCAGUGGUGAUCAAUGCAAAUGGACCAAUUGUCGAAGGAAAGGCAAGGGCUGCCCUGGAAAUUGGAUUGCGGUUGAAAACCAAUCUUCUGAAAAGUUGGCGGACCUCAUGACCGAUGAUACUGGCUGUGAUGACGACGAGGAGCGAACAUUCUGUUGCCCCGCUGGAGUUACGCAUCCCACCUGCGAAUGGCAAUUCUACAACAAUGGACACUGCAUCCCUGGAUGUGGCUCCACGUCAGGAUUUGAAGUUGCCUCAUCCAAGAGAUCGUGCAGUAGCGGGUAUGCUCAAACCGCGUGCUGCAAAGGCAACACAAAAGGUCUGGAUGUCUACCGCCAGUACAAGUGGUAUGAGUUGGAGGCGGACUGCGCCAGGGAUGAGGGCGACACGCCAUGUGGAUGGGACGUCCACUACGACUCACUCCUCGUUGAAAGCUGGGAUGGUAGUGGGGACCAGACCUGCUAUGAUCGAAAGGGCCAAAGAGGAGAGAGACCCCUCUGCGAAAACACCAGAGACGAAGAUAACCUACACUUCAGCAACUGCUACUGGUCUGACGAUUACAACUUGGGUGUUACCGAGACAGUCACGACAGGGACCUGUCGUAGCAGCUGUCCAGACGGCAAGGUCAAGGUGGCCCUGAACUCCAAGAAUAACAAGUGCGGGAAGGGCACCUCAGCCUAUUGUUGCGAUGUGACAGCGUCCUACGACGACAAAGAUAUCGACUGGGACAACUUGGAAGACUUGAUCAAAGAAUGGGUCGAGAAUCCAACAUGUCCCAAUGUCAAAUUCUCUGACCUCGAAAAGGGCAAGCUCUCGUCGCGUUCUCUGGAUGCCAUGGCCUUGGAUCCUGAUGAGCAGUUGUUUGAGCUGACCAAACGAGACAGCCUUCAUAAAAUGGAGUAUCGGGAGCUGCUGGACAAAAACUUGCCCAAGAAAUGGAAGCAUCUUGUUACCACCACCUUCGCGGGGUCGUGGCUUUUCCUCCAAAACGCAGCCUCGACUUUGGAAGAAGCCUGGAUCUGGGUCUGCAGUGUUGAUGAAGAGGAGAAGUGGGAAGAAAGAAAGCUCAAGACAAAUCUCGGAAAGCCAAAUUCGACCUCGUGCUCCAUCCCAUCGCUCGACUAUUACGAUCCUUCGUCACUAGAAGAUCCACGCGACAAGCCAGGUGACGAUGGCAUCGAAAAGUUCUUUGGACCUGCAAAUCGUCCUAUUGGCCCUCUUGGCCCUAAUGGAAAAUUCAUAUGGCCACUCAAUGAGAUGCUAUGGCCAUCCGAAUGGGCCAACAAGGGUCUUGACAAGAGAGGAUCUGGCAAGAGGCGUCCCUUCAACCCUAUGUGUAACGAUGCUGCGAAAACCACUUGGUUAAUGCAUUCAGAGCCAUACCCUAGUGGAGAUAAUGGAGACUUCUUCGAAAAGAAAACCGGCGAUAACAAAAGAGGCGCUGACCAGAUGCAAACAGCUGAACAUCUCAUCGAGCUCCAGACUGUCUCUAAUUUUAUAGAAUACACAAUGGGCGUCCCCCACCCAAAGUACGGCAAAAAAAGCCCUUCUAAACUCAACAGGAAACCACCAUAUAACUCAAAUACACAAUCCCAUGUAGCUUGUGGCGUUUGGGUCAACGACUUCCAGUAUGGGUUUCUCGCGUGGAAUAACAAAUAUAAGGACACUCCACAAACGUCUUUCUUCAAACUGCUGGGCUCAAGUUCUAACGCCAAGCACAUGGUGAAUUGCGAGAAGAAGCUCAACAACUUGAAGGGCUUGCUUUGGGACUUCAAUGAGCCCGUCGGCAAGGAUAAAUGGAGAGACGACUAUUCUGCCAUGGACGACGAUACUGUCAGACACGCUUUGGAACAAUUGAUGCUAGUCGAACAAAUCUUUCCGUAUCUCAGAAAGGAUGACAUAAAUACCAAGCUCAAGAGCGCCAACAACGAAGUAAUAGCAUUGCUGGACGAAUUUGAUGCCCUUUACCAAAUGCAAUAUAACGCUAAUCCUUUAGGUCUCUCCACCAUGUGGAGGAACUACAUGUUUCAGCUACUGACAAAUCUUCAAGAAUUCGCCAAAGAAUGGUUAAAGCUCCGGAUUGAGGAACUCAAGUCAAACAUAGAAGCUGAGGUUGUAAGAAGGAUGGCAGUGGUUGUUGCUCAGGUGGGUCUGAAUGGUCAUGGGGCCGCUGUUAUUUCCCAGAACACAAUGAUCGAAUUCUGGAACUCGGUUGUCAAUCAUCAGAAUGGUUACGCUGGCAACGUUGAUCAAUUCCAGCCCUAA